GGUUCGCGCCGGGCCCCGGGCCGGGCCCGCACUUCCCGGCCGCUCCGCCCGCCUUCGCGCCGCCCACGUCGCCCUUCCACCACCCGCACACACUGCCGCCGCACGCGCAUCCGCACAUGAUGGCGCCGCUGCCGCCGCCCGUCGACAGGAGGCACGCACCCUACUUCGGGCAGCCAGACUACAGAGUGUACGAGCUCAACAAGAGACUGCAGCAGAGGACAGAGGACUCUGACAACCUGUGGUGGGAUGCCUUCGCCACGGAGUUCUUCGAGGACGACGCGACCCUCACCCUCACCUUCUGUUUAGAAGAUGGACCCAAGAGAUACACGAUAGGCAGGACGCUUAUCCCGCGGUACUUCCGCAGCAUCUACGAGGGCGGCGUGUCGGAGCUGUACUACACCAUGCGGCAGCCCAAGGAGUCCUUCCACAAUACCAGUAUCACGCUGGACUGCGACCACUGCACCAUGGUCACGCACCACGGCAAGCCCAUGUUCACCAAGGUGUGCACGGAGGGGCGGCUGAUCGUGGAGUUCACGUUCGACGACCUCAUGCGCAUCAAGUCGUGGCACCUGGCCGUGCGCGCGCACCGCGAGCUCAUCCCGCGCGCCGCCGUGCUGGCGCCGCCAGACCCCGCGCAGCCUGACCAGCUCGCCAAGAACAUCACGCGCCAGGGUAUCACCAACGCCACGCUCAACUACCUGCGCCUGUGCGUCAUCCUGGAGCCCAUGCAGGAGCUCAUGUCGCGCCACAAGGCCUACGCGCUCUCGCCGCGCGACUGCCUCAAGACCACGCUCUUCCAGAAGUGGCAGCGGAUGGUGGCGCCGCCAGAGUCUCAGCGGCCGGCCAGCAAGAGACGUAAACGUAAAGGAAGCGCGGGGGCCAACGCCGCGCCGGCCGCGCCCGCUAAGAAACGAUCCCCCGGACCUAACUUUAGUCUGGCCUCGCAGGACGUGAUGGUGGUGGGCGAGCCCUCGCUGAUGGGCGGUGAGUUCGGCGACGAGGACGAGCGGCUCAUCACGCGGCUGGAGAACACGCAGUACGAGGGCGACGCCGACUGGAGCAACCCGCCGCACUCGCCGCCCAAGUCGCCCGCGCACUGACACUGACACACCGACCACGCUCAUGUGUACAAGAAGAGAACGGCGAGUGAACGAGGUAGAAUGAUAAUAAGUCUGCUCUGUGGCCGGAGUAUAGUGUGACAGUGAUAUUCGUACAGAAGUGUGUGUAUAUACAAAUAUACAAGUAGCACCAUGUUAGCUAAAUAAAUUAUUUGUUUAUACCGAUCUGUGUCAUGGACUCGGUUCAAGUACAGUGUAUAUAUUUAUAAUUGUGGAAUGUAAGAUUUAGGAUUAAAUUUUAUUGUACUUUAAA